UUUUUUUUUUAUUGCUUUUUGGAGGGGAAAUUUGAAGGAAUUGGUUGCGUUUUGCUUGAUUUUUACCCUUUGGGUGGAUAUGUAUGUAUCUUCCAUGAGAAAGUCGUUCAAGGACUCCCUCAAAGUGCUUGAAGCUGAUAUUCAGCAUGCUAAUACUCUGGCAUCGGAGUUUCCCGGGGAAUAUGAUGGUCCCUGUCUUCAGAUGAGAAUAUCAUACAGUCCUGCUGCUCACUUGUUCCUCUUCCUAGUGCAAUGGACAGACUGCCAUCUUGCAGGAGCCCUUGGACUGCUGAGAAUUUUAAUUUACAAGGUCUAUGUGGAUGGUACGACCACCAUGUCCACCAACGAGAGAAAAGCAAGCAUCAGGGAAUUCUAUGCUGUUAUUUACCCGUCUCUAUUGCAACUUCAGAGAGGUGUUACCGAUACCGAAGAUAAAAAGCAGAAGGCUGUCUGCAUGGAAAGGUAUCGAAGAAGAGAUGACGACGAACUUAUAUGGUCUUCAGAUAUUGACAUUGAACGAGAAGAAGAAUGUGGAAUAUGCAUGGAGACUACUAGCAAGGUUGUAUUGCCCAACUGCAACCAUGCCUUGUGCUUGAAAUGUUACCGUGAAUGGCAAACACGUUCCCAGUCGUGCCCAUUCUGUCGUGACAGUCUUAAGAGAGUAAAUUCUGGCGAUCUCUGGGUAUUUACUGAUAACAGGGACAUUGUGGACAUGGCGACAGUGACUCGAGAGAAUCUGCAAAGGCUUUUCAAGUACAUAGACAAACUGCCUUUGAUUGUUCCAGACUCCCUCUUCGACACCUACGAUACUCAUCUAAGAUAAGUGAUCGGUACAUACGUAAUCUAAUGUCACUCUUUUAGGUAGUUUUUCUCCAAAUGAAUAGUCCUUUUGGCAUGAGAGGCCAUGACAAAAGCACUGAAAUGCAUUCGGCUAAAAAAUAGUAAAAGCUAGAGAAGACAAGCCAACUGUUUCUUCCCACCUCCAUUUCUGAAGGGGAAAAAACCAGUCUUGAGUUAUUGUAGGGCUGGUGUGUUGGGUGGUGAAGUUGAUAUAGUUUGAUUUGAAGUCUUCCAUAAAAAUUGUAUUUAGCACAUUUGUACAUGUUUGUACAUUCUUGAUGUUAUCUAUCAAAGCAGCUUUGAAUGCUUUAUUUUUC